GCAUUUGAGAAAAUCAUUUGCGAGAACCGCGUGGGAGACCUACCUCCAAAUUUGUCACGUUCAAUGAACACAAUACCAAGAUGGCAUUUUGUUCAAGGCGCUUUACCGUUUGUUCUUCACUGUUGUGCUGCCUUGCUUUCCAAUCGGGCAGUACACGGCAACGCGGAGGAAAGGCUAACAGUCGCCGAAACUAAGCUAUUGCACACCUUACAUUGGAUAUUAAUAAAAGCCCCCGAAGAGGUCGAGAACUACUCUGGAAAGUUAUAUCCUCUAAACACUGUUGAGCUUUUUAUACAGUCUGUGGUGCCGUACGUGAACUGUAUCCAACCGCAGGAUCUCACAUUCCGGCUUCAAGAAGGGCUUGAACUUUGGGAAGCUCUUUGGGAGUUUCGUGCACCUCCUUUGAAAUGCUUUACAGCCCCAGUUGUGUUUGAAAAACAAGACGGAGACAAAAUUAGCCUUGGUAAUUCUAGUAGAAAUUGUUAUCCUGUUGAACUCCAGGCGACAUUCUUUGACCUUGCUGUCCUAAAGUGCCUCAUGUUACCAGACUGGCAGGAGGAAGGACGUGUAUGGGGCCUGCAGUAUGUUUUAAAGUAUUUAGAAAACGAGGAAAAGGUCUUACAGGAACAAUCCAAUAGAAAUAGUUCUAACUCAACGGCCGAGGUUGAAGCAGAUACUCCUGUUAUUGAGAAAGUUUCGAAGCCUGUACAACCUCAAGCAACCGUGGCUAAUGUUGACAAACUGAAACGUUUCUAUGGCUUAAAUGCUUCACCGGAUGUCGAAAGUUCGGGCGGACAAAGAAGACGUAGUGUUAAAGAUAGUAAUCGCAUUCGUAACGUUAGCAGUUCGUCAUCAUCUUCUCUGUUUGAUGCUCUCACAUCUCUUUCGAACCUCAAGCUACCUGAAGUGGAAGAGAAAAAAACAGAGGUAGCAAAUGGAGCAAAGGAAUUGUUAGACGAAAAUGGAUUGUUGAAAAAGACUGUGUUUCUAGAUCUUGUUUGUCAGAUUGCAAGUCGGAGUUCAAAUGCACGCGUAUGUGACUUGGUCCUCUCGGUUUUGGAACAUCUUUUAGAAAAACAUGUUAUGAAGAUAAAAGCGCCGGGAAAAGACUCGACAGACAGUGCUCCAUCGGAUAAAGAACACACAGAGACCAGUACCCCAGUUUCUAAGCAGAAUACUGAAGGCGUCGUCGGAAAAUUUUCGUUCCUUCUAUCUUUUAAGAAGGCUUUAGUGUCUGUUAUCAAAGUGGUUUGCGCUCUUGGCUGCUCCUACGGCUGUGGUAAGGGGAUCAGGGGAGUAAUUGGUAAGAGGCUCAGAGCUAAAACGAUGGCGAUGUUAUCUAAGAUACAUGACAUGGAUACAGAUAACUUCAAGACUGUUUUGCGAAAUUAUAUUGAGGAUGAAGAUGCGGAAGUCGUCACCAACUUCCUUCAUGCGUUGCUGGGUUUCUGCACCAUGACUCUUGAGUCUAAGUCAAACCAGAAGAAGAUGUCUGACCAUUUUAAGGAGAAAUCUGGCAUACUUGGUGUUAUAAUAGACAUCAUAUUUGCUCCCUACAUAGCUCGAUUACUUGAAUUUAAUUUGGAAGAGAUAUCUAACGUGGUGAGUACACUAUCAUAAAUAUUUUUUUAUGUUUACCUUAAAAAGAUGAUUUAACUUUUAAUUCAGAAUAACUGAACGGGUGGUUACUGUAUUCAGUCAGAUUCUAUUUCCUACGGCUACAGCUGUAACACAAAAACCGUAACACAAUAUGAAUUCGAAUAUUUCUGGCUGCUGCAUUUUUAUGAAAUUUAUUGUUCAAUUAUUUUUAUUGCACCAGUACCAUUAUUAGUUGUUGAAGAAAACCUUAUUCUGAAGGCACAGUAUACUGUUCGUUGUCCCCUUUCUUUCCUAGAAACGUUCUAUAAUGGUUGUAACAACUUGAAGGAAGACCUUUCCCUGCUGUGCCUAUAUUUGACGUGAUUUAUAAUAAGAAUUUGUUACAGCUUAAGAAUUUUUCUAUCAAAAACUACGCACAGGCGAACCUUACAUGUACUGUAUAUGAAGAAGCUUAUAAUAUUAUCAAUCGGUCAUGAGAACAUGACACAGUGCUCAGUGGUAUAACUCUGUGCUAAGGGCCACCAGUCUUGAACGGACUUGGACUGGCUAGUAACAAUCGUUCAAAUACUUCAACUUGGCCAUUUUGUCAUCCUUGUUCAGCCCCCCCAAAUUGACAGCCCGCCUUUUUCUGGGUAGGGCCCAAAGGAGUUACGCCACCGAAUCAGAACUAGCGUUAAUGUUUUAUAUCAGAAAUGUAAGAUUGUUUGCAUUCGCAACUGUAGCUAGCUUACCAACUAAUAUAUUUUCUCACAAAGAACGAAAUAGUUGACCUAAAUAUAUGAAUGGCGAAAGACUUCAAAAAGCCGAGUUUGAUAACUCAGCUCUACUAGAAGGGCCGGCUAUUCAGUGGUGAAUUUAUGUGAGAAAUUUCAACCCCUGCUAGGCGGGGUGCUGUAUGGUCAUGCAGUAGUGAGGUCUUAGGUAGUCAGGGUGCCGGGUGGCGAAUGUUGAUUGGGGAAUAGUGGCAUCUUGCCUUGCACUGAUUCGCCUCCCUUAAUAUCAUUAUUAGUAAAAUUUUCUAAUAGUAAGAAUUUUAAAAUUAACACGUGCAGGGAUCUCGCCAACAUCAGUUACAGCCCUAAUUCAUUAGUAGAAUACUGCACAGUUGAUUGUUUACUAGCAAGAACUAUAGGAAGGAAUUUAAUAUUAUUACUUUAUAAAAUUAUAUUAAAGACCAUUAACGGUGUUUUAGACCCUCUACGGCAACGUACGACAACUGACGAAAUACGUGAAGGAAUACGCUGGUGGAACUUUCUUUCGUGUUGUGUUCAGAGGUUUACUAAAGAGUUCUGGUAGACCUCAGAGACGACUGCUCCACCAACUUCCUGAAGGUAAACCUGCGACACCGGCAACUGUAACUGACGGGGACACGGCGAGCUUGCCAAAGAUACCUGGGAUGGAGAAAAUAGUCACGCCCAAGAACCAGCGAAAACAUUUCUUCUCAAAAAAAUUUUCAAAAAGUGUAAGUUCCGCGGAUGGCAGUCCUGUUGGAAAUCCAGAGUUUAGUUUUGAUGGACCAACAACUCCUCUGUCGCGAAGAAAGGUUUGUAUCUCGUUGGAUUUUCUUAAAUCUCUUUAAAACAAUUCUAUGCACAAUUUUUAACACCAGGUCCGACAGUUUGGCCCAACCGAGACGACGUACUUUUCAUGAGAUGUAUCUGAUACUAAUUGGUUGGACCCUAUAGCAUGACGUAAAAUCAAUCAUGUUUGGUACAGCGCCGUAUUUAAUGCCGUCAACGGUGUAUAUAAUGCCGUGUAAUUUUAAUUUUUUUUAAAUUCUAAGGUCAACGGAUUUGGUGUUUAAAAGCGCUCUUCCAACUUCUGAAGUGCAUUCGUAACUCCAUAUACAGUACACGCCAAAUCAACGCGAUUUCUUGUAUAAUGGUGCUGGUUCACUAUGGUUUUCUGCGGAAAUUGCACUCCGACCAGGGCAGAUAUUUUGAGUCCAGGUUGAUGCAUGCAUUAAUGACCUUUACAGAGUGGGUGGUAUCGAGAAGACUAGACCUACCCCUUGUCACGCUUGAGAAAAUAGCCAAGCCAAACGAUUCCACGGAACCCUUUUUGAUAUGCUUAUAAACAAGACUUGCCUAUAGCUAUACAGUACUAGUAUACCUUUGAUGCUUACAACUAUUACAAAACAUACUGUAGCUCCGCUGGUUACUCGCCGUAUUAUUAGAUACGGCGCAUGAAAACACGGCGUCUGAAAUGAAUCGUACCGCAGUCAAAUAGUAUGACAUCAACUAAAUCAGGCGGCUAUUUUUCACCGCUAUUUUUCACCUCUCCGAUAGUGGAUCGUGGAUCGAAGAUCGAUAGCCACAAAAUAGAAUAUUAAUGAGCUGCCUAAUAAAACCCAAUUUAUCCUUUUCAAAAUGGCGGCCUUUCGUGAGUGGGCAAAAUGUUUCAAAUAAUUUCGUUAAUAUUUUCAACGAAUUGUACCUGUUUUCUAUGGAUUUUGCAUUGUGUCUAACUCUGGACAUUCUUGCUAGUUUAGUUAAUGUAUUUUUCUUGGUGCACGACUCUGAAAUGCCGAAAAUUGGAUAGUUGAAUUCCCGUGCACGAUCAUAAUAUACGGAAUCUGAAUAUAAACGAGCCAAAAACAAUUUCAAGGUAAAAGGUUAUAAAUUAAACUACACAACGUAGUUUUUAUAGAUAACUACUUUAUGAGAAGCAUAUUGGUGUCAUAUUCAAUAUAAAAUUUAUCGAACGACACUCCCUAAUAGUUAGCUGUCGAAACAUGAAAACUGUAGUGUGAAAUAUGAUAUUGUAUAUUUGUAAUGCCUAAUGGCGCAAUAAGGACAAAAAUAUCACCGUUCGAUUCAGCGUACGAAAUUGUACUUACGGAUGUCAAAUGUAUUACUAAACAACAGUACUCUACUUCUCUAGCGAUUUAUGGCCUUUGUCUUUGAAAGCCAAGCGAAAUUGUAUUGUUGACAAAUCGCUCAAAAUUAUUAAACUAUAUUAAAUUAUAAAAAAUGCAGUACGUUUGAUCUUUGAUAACUUUGGUAUCGUUGGUUUUCUCUUUUUCGGCCGUAUACCAGUGGAUUCAUCUCACUUCUCUCUUCAUUUUGAUAGUAUUUUGAGCCCAAAAGCCCCUGCGUUUUAAAGCGUAGUUUAAUCCUAGUGCACGGAGUCACGGACCAACCGGCGCCCGACAGAAGAAUGUAAUCCUGAACUGGGGUCAUUAUACUAACAAACCAAGCGAAUUUGAGAGCGGCAGCACUCUCCCCUUGACAAGCAAAAUCGACUGGUAUGACCGUAUGAGACAUUGAAAUAAUAAAGUAGGGUGCAUUGCCAUUGGGGCACAAUGCAAGUCAGUGGCAUAAUAACAUAGUACUUACCUAAAUAAACAGAGCACUGUUAUACGACUUUUCCGCUUAGCUCGGGGACAACCUUAAAUCUUAUUUGAAAUAGCUGUGUACUGUAUGUAUGUAUGUAUCAUAUACAGUAAUGUGCGUAUUUGUAUAGCCCCAGCGAGUUAACGCUCUGCAGAGCGUCUUGUUAGUAUUAGAUACGGCUCAUGAAAAGUAUACCCCGUCUGAAGCGAGCCUUAGUUCCGCAAUUACUAGAAACUGGAUAUAGUCCGCACUCAUGGCUUUGCGAUGAUAUCUUUUUGACGACAUUUUUAUCCAGUUCUGGAUAUAAUCAAAACUUGGUCAGAUCUUUAUUCAGCCCUUGGGCUUGAUGAAAGAACGAAAAAGUUAUGAGCACGUGAUAAGUUUCAGAGAUCGUCAUGUAAGCAAAGUUAACUAAUUUGUGUUCCUCAAAGACGUAUUCUUGUCUUCUUAACUCUUUCAACACACUCCAUGUUGUAAGAGUAUUUAGGACCUAAAUUGAAGACAUUAAUACAUGUAUAUACACAAUAAAAAAAUGACAGAUUAUAUCGAUUUCUCUGUAUACGCAUCCUCAUCAGUUGUUCGCCAUCUUGUUUUUAGUUCAGUACUUCUGGUAAAUUGAAUUCUCCAAUGGUAUCUAAAACCUUAGUGAAGUUCAACUUUGUAUAAAAAACAUUAUAGUGUGUUCCAAAUCCGAGGUGUUAUUAAUAAUUCCUCCACAUGCAACAGCUUAUCUGAAAGCCCUGAACGAUUGAACCUCAUUGUCAUAAUAUUAUUUCUCUUUACAAUGUUUCCAUUGAGUAGUUUGUUUUUAGUGCAAAAUGCACAAAAAGUGGACAGGAAUAAAUUUUUUAUGGUGAUGUUUUUGUACUAACAACUGACAUUCAAGCAUUGCUAGAAAAGUUGCAUGCAUGUAAUAUUUCCUUUUGCACUUUUCGUCGUUUUGUAGACAUUUUCAUAUGUUGAACUCUUGCGACACAUAAGCACUCCUCCACGUUUCUCCGACAUAUUCAUGAUCACGUGCACAUUGCAUUUUAUGUCGUUGUCGCUCGAUGUCUGCCACAAGAUCCUUUCCUCCUGUUCUGCCAAAUAAUCAGUCCCUUUUUUCACAAUUUUACAGCUUAAAAAUGUGACCUGUCUAUCAUACACUUGGUGUUGUUCCAGCCUUCUCAAGUACUAUGAUUUUCAAUCCUAACUCUUGCAUCUCUUUCGUACCUUCGACCAUGUUGUUGCUAGAACGAAGAUAAUCUGUUUACUUUAAACUUUCAUCUACCAAGGAGUGUGUUGAAAAAGUUAAGUUUAGGCCAAAAAAUUAGCGAGCUACAAUUUCAUGGAAAAAUUUGUAGGCCAAUUUUUCAGUCACUUUUAAUUUAAACACUCGAAUCCCUUGCCAGAUGAAUCUCAUUGCAAAAUGGCUUUCUUUCCUGAAUAACUUUCAUCCACUGGAAAAUUUUUUGAAAAUCCAUAGAAUGGAAAUUGUAUGGACCUUUAUUGGAAAUGGAAUGGAUUUUUGAUUAUCCAUAAUAAUUGUAUAUUUCCAUACUAUGGAUAUAGUAUCGAAAUAGUAUGGAUAUACUAUGGAUUUAGUGGUGCAUUUGCAAAUGUCAUAGUAUGGAUUUCACUUUUUUCCCCCGUGAUCGCCGCGGACAAAACUUAAAUUGACUGUUAGAAUCAAAACUAGCAUGGUCUACAAGUUCUGAAAUUCAUUGUAUGCCAGAAAAAAAUCUUAAUUCGCAUCCAGAACACACACCAAACAUUCCCGCAUGACAGGCUUCUUAAAGCUGUAGAGUUAUCAUCCAUUAAUGUACAAUCUGGUUAAAACAGGGCAUAAAGGCCUUGAAGAAAGGAAGUCCGAUAGAAGAAACUUUUUCUGGUGAAGACGACAUUCGGCCUGCGGGUUCUAUGGAAAGAAGAAGAAAAAGCUUGAUGAAUAAAUUUUUCAAAUCGAACCGUAAAAAAGCAGAUGAAAUUUUCAGUAUUGAGUUGCGAAAGGCUGGUGGAGUUUCUCUGACAUCGUUUCGCCAACAACGUUCUUGUGUCGAGUAUACAUCAAUCCCAGUGAAUGUGCAGGAAAUACGAGAUGGCAUGAUGAUGUUCUCCAUGGUGUUGGAAUCAUGUUUACCAGGCAGUGUUCCUGACCCAAAUAUUGUCGCUGGAAUCUUGGAUUUGGUAUGAUUAAUAUGAUUAAUUCGAUAUUAAGCCAGUUCGCACGUCAUCCACAUUCAUAUGAGGCGUUCUAACACAGGGUAAAAUUGCAGUUGAAUCAUAUUAUGUGACUAAGAAAUUUAACAUUCUUAGUAUGUACUGUAGGUGGAUGAUUAAACAGUAGAAAACUGAAAGGCCUGUUUUAAAUCUUCUAUCUCGUCUCAGCUAUACAGUACCUGUUAUAUGAUCCAACUACAUGCAAUUUUAUUCCGACUCGGAACGUGUCAUUUUAAUGUGCUGUUGCCAAUGCUAACUAAAACAAGUACACUGACAAUACUAUCUAAACAGUACUAACUGAAAACUAAGCAAGAAUAUGGGAAUUGUAUAUACGAUCGGCAAUUUUAUCUAUAUGCCUGGUUACAAUAUUGUGUUAAAAAUCAUAUAUCAUGGGGCAUAUUUUUGUAUGAUCUAUAAUGGAGCAUCGCGUUCAGCAUGUGGCUUUCAAAAAGGGAGAUGGUAAAAACGGUUACUGUUGAAUUUGUUGUCAGUUUAAAUCUGUUUUUCGAAAAAUCCACAAUUUUUACCCGUAUUCUUGACACUGUGAAUUUUUACCGAGAAAAAAUUUCCUGUAUGUAUCUUUUUAUGAACGUGUUCCGCUGUAACGAGUUAGGGGAUUAAUUAGGUUUUCAAUCAUUUCAAUAAGCAGGUAUUUUGUAAUCUAGCUAUUCAAUCAGUGGAAUUUUGAGAAUUAGUUAUCAAAGAUAAAAAAAAUGUCUGUGAAAAUUUCUGCAAAAUUGGAGAUCUCCAAAUCUAGGUUCCGAUACAUUUUCCACCUAUAUGGUUGAAGAUGUACUGUACGUUAAAUAAAACGAAGCAAGAAGAAAAAUAUAACAGACCGCCGAAGCUAGUGUAUUCAAUGCCGUUACCAAAACACAACCAAACUCGAAACGAAAAGGAUUUUGGCUAUUUUGUGGCAAAGCAAGUUUUCACGCAAACCUCACCGACGAUAUAUAUCAUAGAUAUUUUCAAAUAAUUCCUGAUUGAUCAUGAAUUACAUAUUUUCUGUCAUAAUGUUGUCCUUGUAUUUCUAGAAAGCACCAGCUGUGGCUAGGGGUGCUUUUUUAGUGGAAUGCGCCCAUUUCGUUCAUCGCUGUAACAAGGGAGAGUGGCCGUCAUGGCUGCUGAGCAGCCAUCCCUCCACUCGUCGUGGUAAAGGUGGUUUCGGAGCUCUUGUUAGGAACGCAAUUGCAGUCAGUCGACGGAAUGUCCGCAUUAAACACGAAGCUGGAUUGUUGUUUUAUAAAUGGGCUGUUGCUAUUGGCGAAAAGUUGGAACAGAUUGAAGCUAGACCUACAUCUGCUUUAGAAUUGAGCAAAGAGGCUAAAGAUGUAACGGAUAACACGAGGCAGGUUGAAGAAGAUUUUCUAGACGAAGGUUAGUGUCAUGAUUUUAUUGUAUUUUGUACCUUAGUGAAUGCAUCGUCCGAACUACGUUUAAGAAGACUGCCGCUUGCUGUAAUUAUGGCACCAUGACACAGAAUAGGAACCAAACAGAAUUGUCAUAUAUUGUAUGCAGCAUAUAACAAUAUAUAUUGUCCUUGCGCUCUGAUCAAAUGAUCCAGGCUUUAAUAGAUUCUUUGAGAGACGACUAUACGUUCAGCGUUCAAUUCCCUCAGACCAAGACAAAGUUAAACGAAGAAGUAAAAUCAUGUGAGUUUCGCAUGCAGAGAUGGCCUCUACACCACCAAAAGCUGUUAGGGAAAUGUCGAAAAAACAAGAUGACCAUACACGAUAAAUUGGCCCGGAGGACAGGGUGACCCAUGUAACUUAAGACCGUCUUCCCCCCCCCCCCCUUUUCCACAUGUUCAACCCUUCAUACCUUUUGUUUGACUUAUUACUUGUUUUCUUCGCUUUAAAACCUAUACGAAUAUGGCAAAAAUUUCCGUACAGGGGCACUUAUAAACGAUGUUGUAUUUGUUCAGGUACACUUGACGAGGAAACUAGAAAAUGUCCGCACGCACUGAAAAUGGUGGCAUGUCAACUACUGCUUGAAAUAACGGCAUUUUUACGAGAAAGUCACAGUUCCUUAGCGAAGAAAGCUGAAAACCAGAGAAUGAGAAACAAGAGCAUUGCUUUUUCCAGACAAAAUAGGCGAAUGACCCAGAAAGUAUCCGUAUUUGGUGGAGAAUACAAAGAUGCCGUGACAAGUGGUCCAGCUGAAAGACUUCGACAAGGCAACAUGUCUAUGCUAUCACCUGUUAUGAGUUUACUCGUUCCUACUGUUCAGAUCCAGCAGGGUGCGUCGGAAAAGAAAAUCUCUGCACCUGUUAUCAAAGUAGACGGCGGCCCAUCGGAGAAUGAAAAUGAUGAAGCUUCAAAACCAGUUCGGAAACGGUUCAGCGCAUUGUUCUCCAAUUCCGAAAAGAGGAGGAAGCUAUUAAAACCAGAAACUACGGAACGAAAAACCAGUUCAUCCAAUUCAAGAAUAUAUAAGAAAUCGUCCAAAGG